UGAACAUAGAUUUGUCUUGAACUCCUAUAUAAUGUCCAAGCUUGUUAGUUAACAGAAUUGUCCUAUAAAUAACUUCGAACUUGUCCAUAAUUUUAAAUACAUCUACUAGCUAUAGAAAAGCCCAAAGACUAAUAGAGUAAGAAAAAGAAAAAAAAAAAUGAGCACCUUAAACACACACAUUCUUAAUAAUGAGGACGGUGAUGAUCACCAACUCUUUCAAGGGCAAGCUCAAAUACUCAACCACCUGUUUAGUUUCGCCAAAUCUCUUGCGAUAAAAUCGGCAGUAGAGCUUCGCAUAGCUGAUAUCAUACACUCGCAUGGCCAAGCAAUGAGUUUAUCACAAAUAGCUUCAAAGCUAGAGUCUACAACAACAUCUCCUGAUGCAUCGCGCCUUCCACGUCUUAUGCAGUUCUUAGUGUGGAACUUAAUCUUCACCGUUGAAUAUAAUCAAACAACAUCGUCAUCAAAAGAUGAAAGAGAGGCUUUGUAUGGUCUUACUCCUACAUCUAGAUGGCUUUUACAUGAUUAUGAAUUCAGCCUUGCUCCUAUGUUUCUCACUUUCACCCACCCGUCAUUGAUGGCCCCUUGGCAAGAAAUGGGUCGUUCUAUCAACGAAGGUGGGAUCGCGUUUGACAAAGUUCAUGGUGUAAGUAUUUGGGAGAAAGCGUCCAAGGAUACCGAGUUCAAUAAGCUUUUCAAUACAGGAAUGGCUUCGGUUACCAAGGCUAUUUUGGAUGCGAUUUUGUGUGGGUAUAAGGAAGGGUUUAGUAAGCUUCAAGGAACUCUAGUGGAUGUUGGUGGUGGUAUUGGCCGAGCCGUGGCUAAGAUUGUAGAUGCUCACCCACAUAUUAAAGGGAUCAAUUUUGAUCUUCCUCAUGUCGUUGAAACUGCCCCUGUAUUUCCUAAUAUCACCCAUGUUGGUGGCGACAUGUUCAAGGAGAUCCCCUAUGCUGAUACCGUCUUCAUCAAGUCAGUUUUACACGAUUGGGAAGACGAAGAUUGUCUUAAGAUUUUGAAGAAUUGCCAAAAGGCCGUAUCAAAAAGCAAAGGAAAGGUGAUUAUUGUGGACAUAGUUCUAUAUCCGGACGGAAAAGGGCCUUAUGAAGAAACAAAGUUAGGGUGUGAUUUAUUGAUGAUGACAAUUUGUGGUGGCAAAGAGAGGACGCAACAUGAAUGGAACAAACUUUUAAAAGAUGCUGGCUUUGCUCGGCACAACAUCAUCACAAUCCCUGCUUUUGUUUCAAUUAUUGAAGCUUUUCCCCAAGAAAAUUAGACGUUGUUCUUUUGAGCUUUUGGACAAGCACAGAGCAAUUCAAGGGGUUGCUGAAAAUCCAUUUUUAAGAAUAUCUGUUUAAAAAUAUAAUUUAAUUUUUUAAGAAUAAUUAAAUAAAUGUGAGCCCCAUUUAUAAGGGACAUAGGAUUUUAUUUUAGUAUGACAGAUUUUAGGAAAGUUGCAUGGUUUUGCUUAUUCUUAAGAGUAGGAUUUUACAUGUGACCAAAAAAAAAGUGUUUUAUCGCAAUUAGGAAUCCAAAUUAAUGUAGCUGGGAUUAAUGUGCCUAUAUCAUGGGCUUACUGGUGUGUGUGUGACAGAGAUUAAUAAAGUUUUGUGAUAAAACUUCUGAGAUAAA